UUGAUACUGUAUUUCCUUUGUUUACACUACACUGAGAGAGCAGAGUAACCAAAAUUUCGAGUGGAUCGAUUGCGAUUACAUUUCACACAGAAAGGAGAUUACGUAAUACAGAAUGUCCAAAUUGAAUGGCGCCACAGUGAUUUUGAUCGGUCUGGCAACACUGGCCAUUGUGGGAUACUGCAUCUAUUUCGAUAGCAAACGACGCAAACAUCCGCUUUACAAGCGUCGCCUUUAUGAGCGGCGUCAGUUUGAAAGGCUUCUGAAGGUGCCACAAACCGAACAUAGCUGCUCCCCAUUGAACGCUGAGGUGGUUGAAUACUUUUUGCAGCGCGUGUAUUUGGGCGAAACAUAUUUCAGACGCAACGAUUGGAAUCGUGCCGUCCAUAAUUUCUCCAACGCGAUCAUGAUCUGUGCCGAUCCGCACAUAUUCCUCUGCAAACUGCGUCGCAUCAUUCCCAAAGAGCUCUACGAACAGAUUAUGGCGAGGGUGCGUCUCUUGGUGCACACCUCCGAUAACUGGAGUCGAUCGUCGUGCCAACUCAGCAAUGAUAGCAAUGAGUCAAAUCGAACUCAGUCGGAAAUCAAAAACGGUGACUAUUGAGUUUGCGAAUCAUUUUUUCCAUUUGCCGGACAAUUUAUGCCGGGUAUUGAGUUUAUUUUGUGUUUUUAGUUCAAUUACUGCAUGCGACACAAAUUUCAAGUGGCUAUUAAUAAAGUGCAUCUGACUUAA